AUGAGAAACGUGAUAGAUAGACAAACUUCUUCUUCUUCUUCUUCUUCUUCUUCUUCUUCUUCUUCUUCUUCUUCAAAUACUUCUCUCUUCCAAUUCUUAUUCUUCAAAAUUUUCAAAUUCUUCCUCUUCUUCAAAUGCUCCAAUUUUUCUUCAUAUUCUUCAAAUUCUUCUUCAACUUCGUCUUCAAAUUCUUCAUCUUCUUCAAAUUAUUUUUCAAAUCUUUUUCAAAUUCUUCUUCUUCAAAUUCUUCUUCUCCUUCUCCUCCUUCUUCUUUUUCUUCUUCUUCUUCAGAGACCUGUAAGUUUCAAAACCACCAUCUUAUCCUUCCCCUGUCCCCUUUUCGUGUUUCUUUUUCCCUUUACCGAAAGCUCACUACCAAAUAUUUCCUUCUCCUACGUUCGAUUCGCAUUACUAUUUGUGUUUCACUGUUUUCUCCAUGUAAAGACCACGCAGGAUCAUUUUAUCUCCCAGUACUUACCGUUAUAG